AUAAAAAUAAAUUGGUGCCAGUGUGAGAUAACUGUUAUCUCCAAAUGUGGAAUCCUUUCAUCAAUUCAUACACCUACUAGUGGUCAAAGAACAACAUUUGCAGUAACCACUAAUUCUCGUUCUUAAUUACUAGAGUAACCAAUCAAUGCUCAAUAAAGCAUUCUCGACGAUGCCUCCAUCUAUUCACUAGCAGACAAAGGAUAUCUAGAAACAAAAAAUUCGUGAAACUAGUCCUUUCAGUAUCUUACAAUCCAGACCCUUUGUUGCAUAGACCGAAAAAGGAAAAUCAAAUACUAAGGAUCGAUCUACAUCUCCAGCUUUUUUAGGCGUCGAACAAGAAAUAAUACCCAACCAUGGCAUCUUCAGAAUACCUUAGAGGUUUGCAGCAAGGAGACGGCGAGCCCUAUAGCAUCACAGAUUAUGCACGGAGAUUUGGACCUAAAUCUCCUCAAAACGCUAAUCUGAAAAGUUGGUUAACACCUCUAGAUCCUUUCUUUCCGCUCAAUUGGGAGCAUGAGAGGCUGGAUGAUAGUUAUAAAGUAGUUGGAGGGUAUCAAAGAAAUGAGUUAUUCCUAUUUACCACGAGGGAGCUGAAAGAUCUAGAUGCGGUUUGUGAUAGACCGUUGAAGAAAAGUACUUUGACACCGGGGAUUAUACCGCUUUUGAGGAGGGAUAGGUGGGAGGAUAGACCGAGUACGGCGUGGUUAAGGACUGAUAGUAUACCAAUUGUGGGUCUUUUUUCUUUUUUCUUUUCACGUUGUGCCCCGGAAGAUUUGAUGUAGAUGAAUGUUUAUGAUAUGAGGCUUUUUGAAUAUCCUUUGCUGAAUUAAUCAUGCUGUGCUUUAGAGGGGUGACCCCCUAGGCGGAAAAUGGCAAUCGAGUAACGAUCGAGUUUGGAACGUCCUAAAACCAAUAGUCACACUCGCAUCGCGAUUCAUAAUGUCCUCUAAAAAUUUACCAUGGGUAUGAUCUCAAAACCCCCCUUUAGCCCUAAAUCAAUCAAAGCUAAUAUGGAAUCACACUCUCAAGUUCGACGCGCUACUCCUAGGACCCCGUCAUCCCGUCAUCCAAGAUCGAUAUCCCCCCGGCGCAAAAAUCCAAAAGGAGUUCCAUACUUUUCAUCCUCGCGAGGGCCCAUGGACCGCUGAACGCGAGAGGGAAGUGGAGGCUGAACGAGAUCGAGUUUUUCUGGGAUUGAUGAAUGAGAUGGAUUUUAUGUUUUCGUAUUUUUACAGUCAUCAGAAUGCGAGGGAUAAUGAUCCGCCUAAUCAUGAUCCUAAUUAUCCUGUUAAGAAGUGGGGGGAUCCUUUGGGUGUUACGACGGUUAAUGCUUGGGAGAUGGUGGUGAAGAAGGUACCGGGUGCUAAGGUAUGUGGGUACUCAGCGUCAUAAUCGCCUGUUUGGAGUUCUUUCCGUACUAUUAUUUUCUUGGGUUGAGCUAAAAUUUAUUAUUCCAGUGGCGAGUUCAAACUUUUAUUAAUGUGGAAGCUUUGGAAGCUCUCUUCUUUGAUUAUGACGAUCUUUCGGGUUCCGAGGCUGCGGCUUUGAGAUUUCGUUGUGCUACUACUGUGAGUUUAUGUCGGGGUAGAAACAUAUUUACUUCUUUAAAAAUUAAUGCAUUGGUAGAUUGCGCAUGAAGUCAUGCAUGCCAUAGGCUAUUACCAAUCACUUCAUCGUCUCGGCGUUCGUUUGUUCACCAAUAAUCGAGAAGGAUAUUAUGCAGAUGAACAGAUGGCGGAGCUAGGCUGGAGUUGGCAAUGGGCGGUAGGUUGAUUCUUCAUCUAACACUAUGUUCUCCUAUCCACUUAGAGCAAUACCAGAAUACUAACAUGAAUCCUUUCCACUCAUAGAUGCAUGGAGGAAUCGACAGCAAAAGACCCAGCAACCAUCGGAGCCGCCGUAUACUAACCCAAUUCGCCGAACUACAAUUCCCCUCUUUCACCAGCAAAUCCCACGCCGCCUCGGGUCAGGCUGUUCUCAUUGAUCCCCCGAUACACAACUGGAGCGAUUUCCAUCCCAUCGGCGUUCAAUUUCUAGAAGAUGUGCAUAACCAAGAUUUUUGGGAUUUGAUGGUUCGCAGCUUUGGGGGCCGGAUUCUGCAAUACCAUACCAUUAAGGAAGGGACGAGGAUCUUUUAUCAACCGGGUUCUUAUAAGCCUUUUACCAUUAUCAAGAGAGAUAGGUUGGAUCCUGUUUCACAUGAUCCGUAUGAGAAUGAUGAGGCGCUCAUGAUGAGAACUAUGCAGGAUGUGAAAACGCGCAUGACGCAUACACCGGCAGAGAAGAAACUUAUGGCAUUUGUGACGGAAAUAGCUGAAAGUGCGAAGACGGGGAAGGCAUUUUGGGAAAGGAUGGAAGCACAGGUUCGGACUGUGAGGGAUAUUAUACAGGUUUUGGUUCAGAGUAAGAUGAAUAGUUCGAGUGGUGUUCAUAGAGAUUGGGGUUUCAUGACGACAGCCGUGAGAGAGGUUGUGGAAUUGUUAGUUGUGGCGGCGACGAAUCAUGAGAGAAUGGUUGCAUUUGCGUUGGAGAGGCAGCAAAAACAUCAUGGUGUAGAUGAUAUUGCUGCUAAGGGGGCGUUGUUGGCCUGGAAUAGAGGAACCCGAGGAUUUAAUCGAGACGUUCUAGAAAAGUUCGGAAAGAAGUUUAAGGAGGGAGAAUUGGGGAGGAAGCUGAAUGUUUCGUAUAAUAUUCUGGAGAAAUGUCAAGCUUUGCUUUUUGCUCCAAGUCAAAAGGGCGUUAAGUCAAAUUAUCCUAAGGAACAGAAGGAGUUUGAUACGUUGAUGAAGACGGCCGAGGCAAUACACUUUAAUCAAGAUUUUGAGGGAGGGAGACAGAUGUGUUUGAAAUUGCUUUCAGAUCGGUAUAUUGGGUCGUUUGUUAAAAGCGCGGCGAAAUUGCUGAUGGCCAAUUGUGAAGCAGGGAAUGCUGGGGGUGUGGAGAAUUUGACAUUGCCCCUGCGACACAAAUGUUGGAAAGCAGCCGAGCAAGGCUUGAAAAGAAUAGUUUGGUUGCACGAGGAAAUUAGUCGGAUCUCGGAUGCGUGGCAGCAGUUGUUCGAGGAGUAUAUUAGGUGGGGAAAGUCGCUGGUGGCGAAGUUUACUAUUGUGGCGGCAGCUGUUUUGCCUCAGGGGGUUGAACAUAUGGAAGAUGUACAGUUAACGAAUAGUGAUGCGAGAAGAAUUGGCAAAGUGGAAAGCAGAAAAAGGACCAGGAGGGAAAUUGAAGAUUUGGUUGAUGAUGCGAUGGAAGAUGUUGUUUAUACAGAUCUUGAGGAGUGGCAGUGGGCGGCGAGCCGCAGACAGUAUAAGAAGAUGAAGCUUGUGAGUGAGAAUCCAGGUAAUGUUCCUCAUGAGUAAGAAAUAAGUCAAGUUGUUUUAGAUCAACUUUCGUUCCGUGCUUUUAGAUCUUAGGAAGGGCCUUGAGAUCAAGGUUUAUUGUUCAAAUGUCUAUAUGCUGCGUGGCAAGCCCGUAUAGAAUACUUUUGAUACAUCAUGUAUUAUAGUUGCUCAAUUAUCUAUAUAGUAAAUUUAAGACGAUUU